UCUCACACACACACACACACACACACACACACACGAGAGUCAGUUAUUGCAAAAUGUAGAACCUGUUGCACAGGGAUCUGUGUGUGUGUGUGUGUGUGUGUGUGUGUGUGUGUGUGUGUGUGUGUGUGUGUGUGUGUGUGUGUGUGUGUGUGUCCACUGGUCCUGUCUGAGCUUGUCUGUUAAAUGCACUUUAAUAAAAACACCACUAACAAAGCUACUCGCUCUACAUAUAUAAUUUGAUCGCCAUUAACAGCAGCAAUGUAUAGUCUCUCUCUCUCUCUCUCUCUCUCUUUGCUGUUGCGUGUUUUCGUGGUUAAACCUUGCUCUUCUCGCUAAUUCCCUCAUGCAGAGUGACGUCACGCCAUUGGCCACUUCCUGGGUGGAUUGUGCAGGUGAAGAUUAGACACACCCAGCGGGAGAUCAGACAGCUGAACCAAGAUCCAACUACCGGGACUUUUUUCAUCCGGAGCAUUCUUCCUCAGAUUAGACUUUCCUCUGAUCCAGUCAGACUGCUGAAAGUUAUAUUAGUGUUGAAAGCGCGCGCUGGUGUGUGUUAGUGUGAACACAGAGAGAGAGAGAGAGAGAGAGAGAGAGUAAGUAACUCUGUAUAGAAUGGGGUUUUUGCGCACGGCUGUGUGUUCCAGUUGUGUGUUUGUGCUCCUGAUCCACACCUCGGUACAGAGCUGCAGUAACGAGUUUAUGAAAGGCCGGGACGGGUUUGUAUUGAACACGGAGGAGAGCGUGGAGGAAGGAGCGACCUACAUCUCCAACCCGAGCGUGUGGACACAGGAGGCCUGUCUGAGUGCGUGCUGUCUGCACCCCCACUGUAACCUGGCUCUGAUAGAGGCAAGACCGGAAGAAGACACACUCACAAACUGUUUCCUGUUCAACUGUCUGUACCGAAACCAGUUCGUCUGCAGCUUCGCAAAGAAAUCCGGAUUCACCAGUUACAUCGUGGACUCGGUUUAUGAGAAGCACCUGAGUGGUCCGGUGGUGAAGUCUGGAGAGAAGGAUAAACCUCCAAUAGCAAAUGCAGGAGCUGACAUAGUGACCAGAGCUGGAGAAGAAGUUACACUGAAUGGCAUUGAGAGCUGGGAUGACAGAAAUAUCACCAAAUACGAGUGGACGCUUCUGAGUGGAAAUCCAUCUGUUGUGAUUAAGAACACGCAGUACUUAGAUCAGCGGCUGCUGUUAAACCUUCACCCUGGAGUUUAUCAUUUUCAGCUCCGUGUCACUGAUUCAGCUGCACAGUCAGACACUACGACUGUCACCGUGUUUGUCCUCACAGCAGAACAGUCUGAGCUUCAUUGUUUGACCCCGAGAAAGGUGGGUCCGUGUCGUGGCUCUUUCCCUCGCUGGCACUUUAAUGCUGCAUCGGGUGAGUGUGAGCUCUUCACAUUUGGAGGAUGUAAACCAAAUGGCAACAACUACUUGUCGCAGCACGAGUGUUUAUCUGCCUGUAACGGCACCACAGGGAUUCCUGGAGGGAGAAAAAUUAAAACAGAAGUGUGUAACUCUUCCUGUGAGGAAGGUCAGUUUGUGUGUGCCAGUGGUUGUUGUAUACACAGUAGUGUGGAGUGUGAUGGACAGCCAAACUGUAGCGACGGAUCAGACGAAGAAAACUGCCAACGCAUGAACAGGACUUUGGCUCAGUUACUGAACAUCGAUGUGAAUGAAGAGAGAGCCCGGUGUGUGGAUCCUCCUGUUACUGGGCCGUGCAGAGCAAGCAUGCCACGUUGGUUUUAUGAUCCAUUAAAGCAGAGCUGCUUUGGCUUCACGUACGGAGGCUGCAGUGGAAAUAAAAACAAAUUUGAGAAGAAAGAGGAGUGCAUGAACAGCUGCUCAGGGGUGACAGAAAGUGAUGUGUUUGCAAAAGGUGUGUUUCAACGGACUGAGGAACCCAAUGAACCUCAUACAGGUUCUGUUGCUACUGGAGUCAUCAUUGCAGUGUUGAUCUUGGCUGUGAUCGGUCUCGUCGGUUGCUAUUGUGUGAAAAAGAGGAAGUCAGAGUCUCGGAGUGUUCCAGCUGCAGUGAAUCCUCCAGUACCACUGACUGAGGAGUCACGCACACUGAUCUAAACACACACACACACACACUCUCUCCAAUUUCAUUCGUAUGUGUGUGUGUGCGCACACAUAUGUAAACACUCACACGUUGUGUUUUAUAAAUUGCAUAUAUAGUUUUUUUGUGAAGUUGUGUAAAUAAUAUCUUCAGUUAUUAUAAACUGCUUAAACUCAAUUUUUAUUGAUGUUCUUUGUAUUGUUUUGUUUCUCAGGUCGAUUUAGUUGUUUUAGUAGUUAUCUUUUUCUGUUUUUCAGAUUAUGGACAAAUGUAUUUUAUGAAACUUAUUUUAUAGCUUUUUAAAAUGUUUCAAUAAAGGGAAUUUCACAAAUCUGAAUAUCAGUAUAUAAUUACACUGUGCAUAAUUAUACAGUAAUAAAACAUGAUGGAAUCAGGUUGGAGCGAUAGGGUUGGGUUUUAUGGCAUGUGGAUUGGUUUAGUGGACCGUGUUGGUUCGAGGGAUGGUGUUGAGUUUUGUGGGAAGGUUCAGGGUCAACAGAAGGGGUUGGAAUGGGGGUGGGUUUGUGGGAUUUGAAGUCAGUUUUGACAGAUGGGGUUGGACAGGUUAAAUGAAAAUAGCAUGUUAAUAACCUGAUAAAAUUACACCUUAUACUGAUAAAAGAAAAUUGUCAUAGACCAAGAAUGCUCUUCAGUACUAUAAAUUCUGUUGUGAAUCCACCUGUUUGUGGAUUACUGUGAGUCAGUAGAUAUGUGUGAAAGCUUUUGCCUGUUUUUUGUUGAUGAGGAAAAUUAUACAGAAUAUCAGACCUUUUACUUGUGAUGCCGCUGUUCCUUCAUAUUCCAGUGCUGUCUUUAGCUGGUUUAACUCUGUUUCCUUUUCUUUUCUACACGAUUGUUGACCAGUUAAAGCCUACUGGGUCUCUCUGUGACCUCAUUCCUCCCCGCCUUUUUAAAGAAGAAUUUGAUGUGGUUGGCCCUACUCUUCUAGUUUUUAGUGUCUGGAAUCAGGAGCUGUACUUGAUUGUUUAAAGCAUGCUAUUGUUAAACCCCCUUUAAAAAGUCUUAAUCUGGAUCCAAUCAUUUUAUCUAAUUUUAGGCCCAUAUCUAAUAUUUCCUUUUUUUUUAAUCUAAAAUUUUGGUUCUUCACCAGCUGCAGAGCUUUUUGGAGGACAGUAAGGGUUUUGAUGUUUGAUCAGGGUUUAGAAAGCUUCACCCUACAGAGACAGUAGAAGUUUUAAAUUAUGUUUUAAUGGCCGCUGACUCUGUGACUCUGUAGUACCGGUACUUUUGGAUGUAAGUGCUGCAUUCGAUACAGGUGACCAUGAGGUCCUGAUUUCUCGGUUAGAGCAAGUUGUGGGCAUCAGAGGAACGGCUCGAAGUUGGUUUUAGUCAUACCUUAAAAAUAGAAGUUUAUCGAUCGGUACAGUAGGAUGCCACUCGGGUGUGGUCCCCCUGACUUGUGGAGUCCCCCAAGGCUCUAUUUUGGCCCCUUUAUUGUUUUCUCUCUAUAUGCUUCCUUUAGGAUCUGUUUUUGAAGAGAGCAUGGCUUGUAUUAUCAUUGCUAACCUUAACCCUAUACACAACUUUAUUUGGCCCUGAAGCGUAGACUCUCUUGGUGCCUGUCUUUCCGAUGUCAAAGUCUAGAUGUCAUUAAAUUUUUUAAUCUAAAUGAUUAAAACAGAGAUCAUCGUGUUUGGCUCUUCUGAAGUCCCAAACAUUUCUCACUUAAAUUCUGGUGUUUUAUCUUCUUCAGCUAAAUCGUGUGUA